AUGGAGGAGGAGCUGAGCCAGGCCUGUGUUGCUUGGAAGAAAGAGCUCCAACAAGACAUCGAAUCCAUCCAGGCAGUCGGCGACUUUGCUGUCAAGAGAAAUUUUAAGCAAUUCGUCAAUCCCGCACUUGAAAUCGAUGGGAGCCUUAUCCCCUUGCCUCUAAUCCCGUUACUCGCCGACCGAAUCAAAGCUGUCGCGAAACCGGCCACUUUCAGCAAACAUGGGGCUAAUAUGGUGGACUACUCCGCCAGCCUCAUUUGGGAGCUUCACCAUGACCAAUUCCGGAUCAUCAACCCUUCAUGGCCAGAAUUCUUGGAAUCCAUCAAGCAGGACGUGGCACAUGGUCUCGGCAUGGCUCCGUCCGACAUCGACGUCGAGCCAGACAAGCUUCUCCUGUACGAGAAGGGCUCUUUCAUCGGGCGCCACAAGGACUCAGAGCUGACUCCAGGGUUUACGGGACGCCUCCUCAUUUGUCUUCCUUCCGAGCAUAGAGGAGGCGAGGUCCGCCUGGAGCACUCUGGAAGGGAUCAUGCUUAUGCAUCUGCCCCUGACUCAACAUUCGACCUCUCAGCUCUUGCUUGGUACUCUGGUGUCACGCACGAAGUCGCGGAGAUUGGUUCAGGGCACCGCCUGGAGCUGACCUACAUAAUGACGCAAAGAUCAGGUACUGCUAAGUCGGCCGACUUCUUCAUCAAGCAGCAGGCCCGCCUCAAGGAGAGGAUUGUCAGGUGGCCAGGGGGGUUACCCAGACUUGCAUAUUUCCUUGACCAUAAGUACUCGCAGGCAGAUCUGUGUCCAUCCACUUUGAAAGCACGCGACCGGGCAGUUGUCGAAGGUUUAUCAUCUGGAUGCUCUGAGGCUGGCAUCUACCUCUUCCUCAGCAACGUCACCAAGAAAGAGUAUGACCGAGCUUGUGACCCAGGUAUUCACAGUGACGACGAUGAUGAAAUCGGGAUUUACACGGAUUGCCUACGAACUACAGAAGGGAAGAAGAUUGCGUCAGGCCUCUGGUUGUCUGAGCAACACCUUAUGGCAGUCGAUCCUUACAGCAACCGAUCGGCUGAUGGUGAAGAGGAGGGCGACGGCGAAGGCUAUCUCGAUGACGAUUCCAUACGAAGCAAGCUCAUAUACCAUGAUUCGGCCGUCAUUCUCAUCCCGAGGAACAAGCUACAACAUCUUCUGGGCUCCAGAGCCGAUGUUGAGGCCAUGAUGGCUCUUGUUAUCAACGAUCAAAAGAAUCAUCCCAGCGACGUCAUCGUUCAAGUUGAUAUGCUAGAGUUCAUGAAUGAGGUCCUUUACUUCAGCCCACCGAGGCACAUUGGCUAUUUAAUCCUGGAAAGCGCGUGGAACCUCAAAUACAUGCCACUCUACCACGAAGCUCUACGAUAUUGCACCUCGGGCGGCUAUAUUCCGAAAGAGCUCCCGAAGCUUCUUGCCGCAUUUGUGACCCAGUCGCCAUGCCUACAAGAAAUGAACUGGAGCGAAUGGCUCGAUGACCUCCUAGGUUGUUCUUCUAUCGACGUUGGCCGCAUCUUCGUCGCGCUCAACGAUUUUGAGCAAGCACUCGAUAAUAAACAUCUCCUAAACAGCUUCCGGGCUUGGCUAGCAACGAUGAAGCGUGACCGGUUUAUUUCGAGCAAAUAUUUGACAGUUGGGAACCAUCAAUCUAUCCAAGAGAUAGCAAACCUCUUUUGGCACGACCAGGACUGGGUUGAGCAACGGCAAGUCUACAUGUUCAUACAUGCUCUUGAACAUUGCGAGGACAGAGCACUCGUGGGCAAGAUUAUCAAGAAUCUAGCUGCCAAGGACAGUGACAACACAUUGCCUGGCGCUCGAGAAGCCGCAAAGAAGAUCUUGAACAUGCAGCUACCGCGGCUGUGUCUUGAACCUGUCAAUAUGUUGUCUGCCACUGAUCAACAGGCCGCCAAUGAAGUGGACAGGUUCAUCGACACCGUCGGGGUUUGCCUGACAUCCGGCUUCAUGGAAGAGGCACUCAGGCUCAUCGAAAACAUCAAUCUUAACGUGCAGCCACAGCAGCACUACCCUGAGCCGCGCCCUGUAGGCACUCGCACUGGCACUGCGUAUGUGCCAAAUCUGGCACACAGAUUCGUGUGCAUGCUGGGUGAUCUGUUAGCAGCGCACAUGGCACCAUUCAUGGAGUCCCUCCGAGACUUGUUCGAGAACCUGCUCCGCCACUACGCCCUGCCACCAUUCCCAAUCUUCCCGGCUCGACUGGCGGGCUGGGCACACCGGCCGAGGGGGUGCAGCGCGUUUUGCAAGCCCUGCAAAGAGCUCGACCUGUUCCUCACCGACCCGAACCGGAAGGUUGCCGACUUCAGCCACCUCAAGAGAGCCCACAUCCAUGACCAUGUCAUACGGCGUCUGCCAUCGGAAAUCUUUAAUUGCAUCAUACAUCCCAAGGGAAACAACUUCUAUGUCGACAAGAUCUCACCAGAUGGCGAUUUCCGCAAGGCUUUGUCAGCGUAUGAGGACAAGGCCAGAGCCCUACGAGACUGCACAAAGGACUUUCAUGGGGAGCACUUUCGGAAAAUAUUGGGCGAAGAUCUUUACUGUUACAAGAAGCCAUUAGGAGAAACCAAACACCCUCUUCAGUUGGUCUUGGAAGGUGAUCACACGCCCGGGGCGUCUUUCCGCUCCAGAGUCGACCGCUCCGUCUCCUCCACAAUGGAACUUGCCCUGUACCGCACUUUCAUGAUGCUUUGUAUGCAUCUUCCUGAGCCCUAA